CCGGACCCUGGAUUCAUCUGGCCCUGCCGCCUGGCCCCUUCAUGGCUUCCCUGGGACAAGUCAUUUUCUGGAGCGUCAUCAGCAUUAUCAUUAUCCUGGCCGGAGCCAUCGCACUCAUCAUUGGUUUUGGCAUCUCAGGGAAACAUUCCAUCUCGGUGAGGACCCUGACGUCGGCAGGGAAUCUGGGCCAAGACGGGAUCCUCAGCUGCACCUUUGAACCCGACAUCAAGCUGGGCGACAUCGUGAUCCAGUGGCUGAAGGAGGGGGUCGUGGGGUCAGUCCACGAGUUUCGGAAGGGCAAGGACGAGCUGGCAGACCAGGACGAGAUGUUCCGGGGGCGGACAUCUGUGUUCACUGACCAGGUGAUCGUGGGCAAUGCCUCUCUCAGGCUGAGGAACGUGCAGCUGGCUGAUGCGGGCACCUACCAGUGCUCCAUCGCCACUUCCAAGGGCAAGGGACAGGCGCAGCUGGACUACAAGACCGGGGCCUUCAGCGUCCCGGAGGUGAACGUGGAUCCCAAUGGCAGCUCUGUCUGGGAGAGUCUGCGCUGCGCCGCCCCGCGCUGGUUCCCGCGGCCCACCGUGGCCUGGGCCUCGCAGCUCGAGCCCGGGGCCAACGUCACCGAGGCGUCCAACACCAGCUUCCAGCUGGACCCGGAGAACGUGACCAUGAUGGUGGUGUCCGUCCUCUACAACGUCACCGUCAACAACACGUACUCCUGCACGAUCGAGAACAGCAUCGCCAAGGCCACGGGGGACAUCAAAGUGACUGACUCCGAGAUCAAGCGCCGGAGCCACCUGCAGCUACUCAGCUCCAGGGCCGCUCCGCCAGCUUCCCCGGCCAGGGCGGCCGGCUGGGCGAUCCUCACCCUCCUUUCCCACUUGGGGCUCUCGUAGGACCCCUAUCAUCCCCAGGAAGCCAGGGCAGCCCAGCUAUUUUUCAGGGUUCGAGAAAACGGCCAGGCUCUUUUUUUAGCCUCCGCAACACCCGCCUCGGCUGAGACCUGUCACGUCUCUGGUUUGAGGAGGCAGGGGCCCCGGGAGCCUGGGGUGAACCUUCGGGACCGGAAAGCUGGCAAGCCCCCAUCACCAAGAUGCAUCAGCCCAGCAAGCUCCCACCCAACUCCGGCCGCACGGCUCCCCAAAGGAUCGGGCUGGAUCGUCCGGACCUCCUCGGCCCGAGCCCUUCGGCCCACGCUUUGGCACUGCCUCUCUCCGGGAUCUGGCAGAAAUGUCCCCUCGCCCCAUCUUCUCUCUGGACAUCCCACCCCCACCCCGACCUUCCCUACCGAGCUUCCAGAAGCAGAGAGGGGCUGGACCCCUGGCCUCUGAAGUCCCGGUCUCUGGGUCCGUGCUGCAUUGGCUCUCUUCCUCUCCCACAGAUGUCCCUGGAGUCCCAACAGGCAGCUAAUAAAUGGCCUCUUUUCACCCCAGAAUA